CAUGCGUUACCAACUUGAUGGCAAAAAACAAACAGGUCUAUGCCGGUUCAUUUCCAAACAUCAAAAUUUUCGUGUUUUACAUUUUAAAAUAUGCAAUAAUGAUCGUUGUUAUGGACGAUCAGUGAGGAGAACCUUAAGUAAAUAUAAAAUGGUUGACAACGCAUCAGUGUAUAUUUGUUCGUAUGAAAACAGUCCGUCCUUCAUCAUCCGUCGUUUCCCGUCAUCAAGAUAUGUUCAAAACCAGAUUGCUGUCUGCAUUGUGAACUGUGUACUCAUAUUUCCAGCAAUUCUAUUGAACGGUGUUUGUAUUGCAACGAUAUCAAAAAGCUCAAUUCUACAAAUCAAACCUUGUAACUACCUGAUUCUUAUUCAUUCUGUGGUCGAUUUGCUUAUCCCCACAGUCAGUGUUCCAUCGUUCACAUAUCUGAUGUACAGUGAAAUUGUUGGCACGGCUAAAUGCAUCAUUAUAUUGCUGUUGACAGUAACAGGAAUCGUUCCUGGUGCUUUAUCAAUUACCUCUAUAUGUGCAUUGACGUUUGAAAGAUACUUGAGUGUAUUGCAUCCGAUCGCACAUCGCAACUACGUAACAAAAAAGUUGUGUACUCAGUACAUUAUCGGUUGGUCAUUUGUCAUCGUAACCCUAACGCCUAUUGUUGUGGUGUCUGCUUUGGCAUACAACAUUUGUCUUGCCUUUUUCAUUGGUUCCACGCUAGUCUUAAAUGCAGUGGCGUACACCAUGAUCUUUCUUACUGUUGGAAAAGAGUGAAACCUUGGAACGACAGCAGCGAAAAUCAGGACGAAGAAGCGAACAAGCUU